CGAAGUACGAACUGGCUGAACGCGUGAACCCACCAUACACAUUCCUCUCCUCUUCCUCUUCCUGGAGCCGGUACAUUCCUUUCGUCUUCGUCUUCCUCUCUCGAGUCUUGACCCACCCCGAAUCCGGCCGCCUCCAGAGCUGCCUCCGUGCCCCUAACCUCUCGUCCGCGGCGCCCUAUCCGUCAGUCACCGCGGCGCUUCUCGCGCGCCUCGCUGUUCAACCGCAUCGCGUCUCACAACCCCGUCCGCAAGUUUCUCAGCCCUGAAGCUACUAUGGCGGCCUUACCAUUGGCCACCGCGGAGGUCUGCGAUGCAAAUUCACAUCUAAUCACCAACGGUGAGCUCCGUGCCCUCCAGCCAAUUUUCCAGGUAUACGGAAGGCGGCAGGUCUUUGCUGGCCCAAUCGUGACGCUCAAGGUAUUCGAGGACAAUGUCCUGGUGCGCGAGUUCCUGGAGGAGAAAGGCCAGGGCAGGGUCCUGGUGGUGGACGGUGGCGGCAGCCUUCGCUGCGCCAUCCUGGGUGGCAACCCUGUCCAGCAGGCGCAGAACAACGGGUGGGCUGGCAUCGUGGUGAACGGCUGCAUCCGGGAUGUGGACGAGAUCAACGGGUGUGACAUUGGCGUGCGGGCGCUCAACUCGCACCCGAUGAAGGCAAACAAGAAGGGGAUGGGCGAGAAGCACGUACCGGUGACCAUCGCGGGCACCAGGAUCUGCGACGGCGAGUGGCUCUAUGCUGACACCGAUGGCAUCCUCGUCUCCCGGACCGAGCUGAUUGUGUAAAUCCUCAUUGUUUCGAGCGUUUGUUCCCGUGUCUGUGUCCACAGGUAUUUAUUAUUAUUCGUCCCAGUCUGUAAAAGGAUGGAUUUGAAUUGGGUCUGCUUAAAAGAGAGGAUGGCUCUGCUGUUGCGGCUUCAGCUCUGCCCUCUCCCUAGCUGUUGUUAUUACUAAAUUAUUACACCUGAAAGUUCGGAUAAUCGGAUGGUGUUAUAUCUGAAGUUCAGACCUCUGUAUUUGAACUUGCUCAAGACCAUAGCCAAAUUGUUUAUAUUUA